AUGGGAGCACAAUCUUCAAGUUAUAAAAUACUCUAUGGAGAAAGAUUGGGUCAAUGGGAGGGUUUGCCUGGAUUUUUUAGUCUAUGGAGAGAUAGAGAUGAUGCUGAUUUUGAGGCAACACGUACUCUGGAUCCUGAUCAUCGUGCAUCUCCACUAUUCAAAUUACAAGGUUAUUUUCUGCUUGGUAGUUAUCGAAUUGUCCUUCGUGACUAUUCAUCCGAACGUCAAAUCACCGUCAUCGAAAACUGCUCUUCCCGACCAGAUGCACGACUUGCUUAUGAAUCACUCUUAAGUGUACUUCAAGACGAAGAUAUGCGAAGACCUGAAACAGUAGCGCGAGCACUUCGGCGACAUCACACUCCAAUCGGAGGUCGAUUUCAACAUGUAGGAAAUCCCGCUCAUAAUCGAUUUCCUGAAGCGAUGCUUCAGCCAGUCGAUGCUAGCUGGAAUCCCGUUGAUUUUGAAGCUGAUAUUAUUCUUGUUCAUGGUCUCGAUGGAGAUCCCAUGAGCACUUGGACAAAUCGAGCUGAUCCUACUCCUUCAAUUGGAGUCAAUGCUGGAAAUCUGACUCGAUUGGCUGAUUUAAAUCAAUUUUUUUUGAACAGUAAUAUUCCAUUUCUUAAUUUUUCCGAAGGUACUAUCACUCCGCAGAUAUGGUGGGCCUGGCUGGUGAAUGUUGUUAUUGUUUCUGAUGCGCAAACUUACAUGAAUGCACCAGAUAUUGUAACAGGGGCUGAUUUAGCUGGCCAAUUGGCAUUGAACAUCCUUCCAGCUCGAGUUCAUUAUCAUUAUCCUGAUUGCCAUCAUCUAGACAUCGCUAAACCUAGUACUCGUGAAAAUCCUACUUAUCAUUAUACAAAAAUAUAUGUCGCACACUGGAUUCGACGGCGUCCCGUAGCUGAUAAUCUUCAAGGAGUUACUGAUUGGGAUCAGUAUGCUGGUCGUAUUGUUAAUACAGUUCGACUCUAUGCAGUCGUGAUAGAAAGCAUUGCCAAUAAUUGCUUUACUCAAAGGCUGAUCUGCGUCAUGGGUAGAGAACAGGUGACAACCAUGCUGACUUCUUUAUCCGGCGAGGUCUCAACUGUACUUGCCUCCACGACUAUCAAUCAGUUGCUGAUUCCCGCACCACUCUUUUCUGGUUUACUCGUGAUUAGUGCUCUGGAAGCGGCCGCCAUCGGUUGUGGGAUUGGAGGGCCGAUGGGCGCGUUAUUAGGUGGUAUCGCAGGUGGUGUGUCUGCUCUGACAGCUCUCGCACUUCCUUCAAGACUGAGUGAUAAUGUUCGCAAUUUGCUGAGGAGCAAUAUCACUACACUACAAGAAGUAGUGAAUGUGGUCAGCAGAUAUGUAAUACCCGACUUCGAGGCUGCACUGGCAACCGCUGUCUCUCAGCAAGAUUUAGAAGCGACUCUCAAUAAUCUUUGUCGAAACGUCACUCAAACUAUUUGCAGUGUAUUUCUUCAGCCAACUUCACCAUCCACAACAUUUGAAGAUCCUGCUUUGAUUCGGAAAGCCGCUCGUCAACAUCAUGAUUUACUGUUUCAAGCCGAGAUGGUCGUUACCCAGUUAUCCACACAGAUGGCAGAAGGAACUGAGAUCCGAAAUGAUGAAGACGAACGCAGAGUGCGAGAAAUCCUCACUGAUGACUUUAUUCGUGAUGCACUUCGAACCGACGUCAUUCCUGCUCCGCAAUAACUUUUUCGAGAGGUGUACGACACAGUCAGAAAAAGAUUUAUUUAAAUAAAAGCUGCCGAUUCUGAACAUACAAAACGAAUGAAGGGGUGUGGGUGUGGGUGUGGGUGUGGGUGUGG